UACCUACUUAUUUUAUCCACAAUUAUAGUAUGUUUCGUAUCGCUUGACAAACGUAGAGUUGAAAAGAUUUAAAAGCAAUAUAAUAUUUCAGGAAAACAAUCAUUGGUGCGAAAAGUUUAUAAAUAAAAUAAGAAAAUGUUGUAUUUCUGUAGCAAAAUGAAAGCCGAUGAUACAGAAGGAUUAUCGAAACAAUAUUAUGACGAUCCGUGUUUUUUUGUAGACAUUUACAACGUUGGAAGAGGAUUCAUUAGAUGUGCAAACGAAAAUAACAAUCGACCCCACAUUACAUCCACCUUAGAAUUGAAAAUGUGGAGAAUUCUCGAAGAAAAUCUAAUACCUAUAAACCCCGCUGGUAUUUUUUAUAAUAGCGAAAGUUAUUUAAUACAGUGGACUUUUGAAUACGAUGUGUACAGUGAAUUAAAGAUUGGUCAAGUGUUUUUUUAUUGGAGAGGCUCCACUGCAAAAAAAGGUUUAUCACCUUUACCAGAAAACUUUGAUAAUGAUACUUCAGUAGUUGUGCGCCUAGUACAAUGGAGUGAACCAGCAGUAUUUUUUCAUAUUUUUCCAAAACCAAUUGUAGUUUUAGAUGCAAAGUUUGAUUGCUUUAACCCCGAUUCACCGCAUUUGUUUUUAAUACGAGGUGAGCAGCAGAACGAACUUCAUCUCAUCGAAGUGCCAUUUUUAAAGAAAAACUUUAGAAGUAGAGGAGUGUUUUUAGUAGUAAUACCUAGUAAAAGUUCUAUUUUUCGUUGGAAAGGUUCUAAAAUUGCUGCAGAACUAGAAUUAACUGUCAAAAUGUUGAAUUUCAGAGAUAUUUUAAUGGACUAUGUGAAAUCUUGGAGCAAUUUUCAAGUUUUGGAGGUCGAAGAAGGAGAUUCCAGUUAUUUUUUCGAAGGAGAUGAUAGUGAAUAUUUUCAUGUUAAAGUAGAUUGUAAUUUUUCACCAAAAUUGUAUUAUUUGAGCACGAUUACUGGUGAAUUCUCGGCUGUGGAAGUAGAAUAUCCUUUAAGGAAGGAAAAUUCUGUAGCGGCUUUUCCAUUUUUGCAGUCACAUUUAAGCACGUCGGAUGAAACAGGAUUAUUUUUGUUAGAUAACAAUCAUGAAAUCUGGGUGGUACUGGAUGCUUCUAAACCUAGUCAUUUUGAGGAUUUAUCCAAGUUAGGAAUGGAGACGGCUACAAACUAUGCACAAUUGCGUGAAAAGAGUCUUGGUGAAACUGUUCCUGUUAGACUCGUUAAAAGUGAUACCGAUCUUAUCGAUUUUACUAAUAUUUUUCCCUAUUGGUCUUAAAAUUAAAUAAUGUGUAAAACUUUUUUUUAUAUUUUAUAGUUUAUGAUAAAUUUAUUGUUUGUUUAUUAAGAGAACGCUCUUAUGUACUAAAAUUAAAACUAAUUCCAAGUUUCCA